AGUGAAGCCAAGCUCCUUAGUCUUACUGGCUGAACUGUGGAUGGGGAUCAUGAGGAACUCUCAGCCUCUACACCUCUUUCUUGUUCCCGUUGUGGUCUCUGUACUUGCAGCCCUCCCCUGCCUUGCAUCUGCCAGUUCAGGAACUGACUAUGACUACGGAGCCCACCCACGCUUUGUUUGCACCCCUAUUCCCAUGGAUGCAGACCCCGCCUGCUUCCAUGCAACCGGUCCAGGCGUAGGGGCAGCAGGGCCCAGCGGACCAAGCCAUCAAAGUGCACCUCCUGCUGGCUGGUGGGGGGCGAGUGAAGAAGCCAAAGCCACCAUCCUCCACCUCAGGGAGAGCCUCGUCCAGCAGAAAGAGACCAUCCUGGACCAGAGGGAGACCAUCAGAGAGCUGACGGCCAAGCUCACCCUGUGCGAGGGCCUCGGACGGGGCGUGGCGCCUCAUGACGAGCACCACGGCUCAACCUCGCACUCCCAUCACGCCGGGGUGGCCAGUCAUCACACGUACACUGACAACGGGCACUAUAGCAACCAGCAGGGUCACCAUGGAAACGGCAACCUCAUACCGGACUCACCUCACUACCCCUCUGCAGGGGGGCAGCGAUCUGAUGGAGGCCACAGCAACAACAACCAGGGGAAGGAUAAACAUGUGACAACAGGGGACAUCACAUCAUCACCAGAGCAGAUGGAGAGGAUGCUGCAGGCGCUGAAGGAGAGGCUGGACAACCUGCAGAAGAGGAACACAUCUAUCACCUACUCCAGCUCUCUGAAGGAGCUGCUUCAGAGGAAGAUCAGCGCUCUGGAGCAGCAGCUGCACCACCGCACCUCCGCCCUCAGCAGCCCGGACCAUCACGACCAUGACAGCAGCCACAGCGACGACGGAGGCCAACACGAAGACGACGACGAUCACCACGAUUACGGACACCCAAGUGACCACAAGGACGACCACAACGACGGCGGUCACAGUGACAGCGGUGACCACGAUGACGACAGCCACAACGACGACCAUCAUGAUGCAGACGGCGACCACGACGACCAUGAUGACGACCACCAUGAUGAUGAUGAUGAUGAUGAUGAUGAUGACCACCACAGUAAUGAAGCAGACGGUCACAGCUACCUUCCACACACAAGAUACAGAGCGCCAGGACCACGUGCUGGCUUCCACUCAAAUAAGCUGGAAACAAUGCUCAACCAGCUGCACCUCGCAGGUUCCAACAGGAAGAAACCCAAGAAUCCUGAUGCCUUCCAGAUCAGCUUCCCCAUGAGAACCAACUACAUGUACGGGCGGGUGAAGAGGACGCUGCUGCAGGAGAUCUUCGCUCUGACUUUGUGUCUUUGGAUCAAGGCGGGCGUAGGGCCUGGUCUGGGGACGCCCUUUUCGUACUCGGCACCCGGACAGGCCAAUGAACUGGUCCUCAUCGAGUGGGGGAACAACCCCAUGGAACUGCUGAUCGAUGACAAGGCUGUGACGCUCCCCCUGUCUCUGGGUGACGGGAAGUGGCACCACGUCUGUGUGACUUGGUCAACGCGGGACGGACAGUGGGAGGCCUACCAGGAUGGAGUCCAGAGAGGGUCUGGAAUCAAUCUUUCUCCCUGGCACCCUAUCAAACCUGGAGGGGUCUUCAUUCUGGGACAGGAACAGGACACUCUGGGAGGCCGUUUUGAUGCCACUCAGUCAUUUGUGGGUGAGAUGUCGGACCUGCACAUGUGGUCACACGUCCUGACCGCCGGUGACAUCUACAGCCUGGCCUCCUGCGGCAGCCACCUCAGAGGAGAUGUCAUCGCUUGGUCCGACACCGAGGUGGAGCUUCGUGGAGGCGUCUCCAGAUACCCCUUUGACCCCUGUCACUGA